UUCCUCCAUAACGAAUAUCAAAUAAACGUGUGAUCAGGAAAGCCGUUCUCUGGACCGACAACCGUACCGGAUACCUGCAGAUUAAAGAGAAGAUGCCUUCAGCAUUAAUCGCAAUUCCAGUAUUACCAACUUGAUGGGCUGCAGUUUCUUUGUGUCUAGACUUCCGCUUUUGGAGCUCUGUAGCAGCUCCGCGCCACCGCUUCCUGUUGGACUUCCCAAGCAACACUAUAGGCCGAAUAUGAAGUUAAUUUUAUCCUUUUAUUCAUCCGCUCUUUCUUGUUAAAGACGUCUUCAGUCAGAUACUGGGAAGCCUAAGGCUUGGUGUUACGCAUGUGCAUAACAUGGCAGUGUUUCCCUGGCGUACAUGUAUUGUCAUCAUAGUCUUACUGGUCGUGGUUCCGGCAUUUUCACAGACGGAAAACAAAUUGUGGCGGUCACAGGAAGAUCCACUAUUUAGUGGUGGGAAAGUGUUUGUGGAACGCCUUGAGGAUGGAAGAAAUAAAAUGGAGUCAGCUCCUGAGGAAAACUCGCAAUAUGACGGUUACAUGAGCAGUGCAUCUAAUGAAGAUGACGUUGAUUCCGAAUACAUGUAUGAAAAUAUGGAUGGGCACCAUAGGCCAGAAGAUCUGGUACAUGUUACUCCAAGUGUACCUUCCGUAGGUAUCAGACCAAGCGUAGCAAAUGCUCCUCAAGUACCCAGUGGACCACAACCGAUGACAGAGUCAUCAGCGGAAGGCGAAAUGUUACAGCCAACUGAUCUCCCAGUGGACGGGAGCACAGGUUGCAUUUGUGUUGAAUAUUACCUCUGUGGAGCUAACAAAACAAUUAUCACGAACGGCGAGGGAGGCCUUAUCGGUGUCAGAAUAUCUGAUGAAAGACAAUGCCCCGGUGUGCAAGUGUGCUGCGAACUCCGUGAAGAAGGCAGAGUUACUGUAGCGACAUCCAGGCCUCCAAGCUCAUGUGGCGUCAGGGGUGGCAACCUGGACGACCUGGACCCCACGGUGAUACGUAUACUCACAGAUAACAACCCCACCGAGUUCGGUGAGUUCCCGUGGAUGCUGGCGCUCCUCAGAGAAGAGGACACAGAGGAUGGAAGUAUGGAGUACUUUUUCCACUGUGGUGCCUCGCUCAUUCAUCCCCAGGUGGCUCUCACUGCAGCCCACUGUGUUGGCAGUCGCAAGGAGAGGGAGCUGAAGAUACGGGCCGGAGAAUGGGACACUCAGGCCCAGACAGAACCACUGCCAUACCAAGAGCGAUCUGUUUCUCAGAUCAUCAUGCACCCAGACUACUACAGUGGCGCACUCUAUAAUGACAUUUCUCUUCUCAUCCUGGACUCUCCACUGACAGUUGCUGCCAAUGUGCUCCCAAUCUGUCUGCCAGACCAGGAUGCAGUCUUUGAUGGAAGCCGCUGCUUUGCCACUGGAUGGGGAGUUGAUGCUUAUGGAAGAGAUGGUAGUUAUCAGACAAUUCUGAGGAAAGUAGAGGUUCCAAUUGUGCCUUCGUCAGAUUGCCAGGAGAAACUUCGAUCAACGCGACUAGGUCCAUUUUUCCGCCUACAUGGCAGUUUUAUAUGUGCAGGAGGUGAACGUGGUGAAGAUACUUGCAAGGGUGACGGAGGAGGACCACUAGUGUGCCAACUUCCUAAUGCAUCCAGAUAUGUGCAGGUGGGAAUUGUGUCCUGGGGCAUUGACUGUGGCAUGAAUAAUAUCCCUGGCGUGUACGCGAAUGUGCCACGAUUUAGAAAUUGGAUUGAUAAUUUGCUAAAGAAUCUGAGAUUGUAGAAAUUCUGAAGAGGAUUGGGAUGCAAAUGUUUCAAGUGGCUUGAGUUCUGGUUUCAAUUAAGCUCAGGCUUACUGUCCUCUGAAAAUCAAGGAUAGCUUCAUAAAAGCUCGUUUGAAUGAACUGGAUUCAGAGGGAGCCUAAUGUUUCAGGAACAUAUUGCUUCUGUCUUUGUGCUCAAAGACGGAGGUGACAUGUUCCCCAGAAUGCUGGUCUUUCUGAACUGCGUGACAUUGCAACCCAGAAGCUCAUACUCUUCUUACAAACAAAGAUGCGUGUUUAAUCAUUAGUAACUGAAGAGAAAUAAGAUGUAAUACCAAAUAAUGAUGAAACAGUAUGAUUUGUUUAUAGGUUAUUUGGACACCAUAUCAACUGCAGAGGUUUCUUUAAUACUGUAGCUGCUGUGAUAGUCAUCAUUGUAUUGAUAGCAAUAAUUCAUAUGGAAAUAUAUACCCAUGUAUUGACUGUUACAUCAUAAAAUUUGAAUCAGGAUACAAAUCCAGAGGUUCUCUUAUUUACAACAUUAUGUAUUCAUAGAAUGAACAUGAAUUGUGAGACCUGAAUAAUAUUUACAAAUCACUGUUUUGUUGUCUGCCAAAUGUAUGAGACAAGUGUAUUAGAGUAAACAAAUGUA